UGUGGUGGUAAAUUUUACCUCUCGUACCCAACAUAAAUACGAUUAGUGCUCUUGUUUUGUGUACAGAUUGAACUUACAAGUCGAACAAACCACUUCUAAGUCAAGACUAAAAACAAACUCAACAAGAGUCGUCAAUAUGACUUUUUCGAAACAAACAACAACUGUUUUGAUCCUUUGUCUAGUGAGUUGGGCCCAUGGAAUGCCAAAUCCUUUUCCUCUCCCCGAUCCUCACCCCAGUCCAUUACCGAGCCCUCAAUCUUCGGGUGAUUCCUCCGAGGAUGAACCAUACCGAACCGAUUUGUGCGAUGCCGUGACCUAUGACGGUUUUUUUGAUCGAUUCAGCGAAUGCGAGACCAAGGCUAAUGCCAUCAUUUUCGAUACCUUCUUGGCCGGUGGAGAUCUUUGGGACGGGAUUUGCGCUUCAAUCAAGGAAGUGGUGGAUGUGUGCGUUCCCACCAUAGGUCCAGAAUGCUGGUCUUCCCAAGAUUUGACCAACGUUAAGUAUAACGUGAUCAAAAACCAUUUCCGAAGGGCCAAUAAUGACACCAGCCUUGGUCGACCUUUCAUUGACUCUUGUCCCAUUCUCUUUGACAAUGAGAAUGAAAUGGUCAAGCAGGUCACGGGCAGCACGAAAUGCUCUUUCAAUCAAUACGAAUCUAGUCGCGAGGAGUUGAGACAGUGUCAAACGGACGUUUUGGAACGCCGCGAUAAAGCCACGCUCAUUUUGAAUUAUUCCCAAGAUUUGAAUCAGAAACGAUCCUUUUUCACUCGCAUCAUGUGCACGGUCCAAGAUAGGUGGCGGAACACUUGCACGAAGAACUACUUGCAAUGCUUGGGACCUGAGAUUAAAAUGUCCAUCUUAAAAGAUGAAGAGCAAUUGAAGGCGGUUUGGACAAGUCAGAUCACGGAUUUUGAACCAGGGUUCACCUUUGAUAAGGAUUGCGAAGGCUUGUUCUUGCCGAACUUCUAACUUCCUUGUGAAGCAAACUGUUGGCUCCAAAAUGAAAACAGAACUGGUUACGCCCAAUUAGAAAAAGAAAACCAAUCUUUGAAAAUUAUGAAUGAAAUACAAUUGAUAACUCCUGUCA